AUGGUCGGCAAAGACUGCGUAGCCAUCGCCUGCGAUCUCCGCCUCGGCCUCCAAUCCCUCACCGUAUCCAACAAUUUCCCCAAGAUAUUCCCCUACGGACCCUCCGUAUACCUUGGACUUACCGGUCUCGCCACAGACGUCUCGACGGUCUCAGAUCUGUUCCGCUACAAAGUAAACAUGUACCGACUCCGCGAGGAGCGCAACAUCUCCCCCACAACCAUGGCGAACCUCGUCUCGAGUUCUCUGUACGAGCGCCGCUUCGGCCCCUUCUUUGUGAGCCCGGUUAUUGCGGGGUUGGAUCCUAAGACUGGAAAGCCGUUUAUUUGUGGCUUUGAUAGUAUUGGCUGUAUUGAUUUUGCAAAGGAUUUUAUCGUUAGUGGGACUGCGAGUGAUCAGUUGUUUGGUACUUGUGAGGGUUUGUGGGAACCAGAUUUGGCACCAGAAGAUCUCUUCGAGACAAUAUCACAAGCACUCUUAAACGCCGUUGAUAGAGAUGCCUUGUCAGGUUGGGGUGCUCACGUUUACAUCAUUGAGAAGGAUAAGGUGACCAAGAGGUUAUUGAAGGGUAGACAAGAUUAA